AAAGUGACUGAUUGUGACUAUGUAAAGUUAAGCUCAGUGCACACGUGCGAGCUCAAGCAUGCAGGCGAUGAGCGCAAACUCGAGCGCUCCGCGCGCGCCCCAGCGCUCGCCGUUCGCCAUCCAAGAGCUGCUGGGCUUGAGCGAUACUCGGGAGAGCCGGGAGAGAUACUUUGAGAGCCGCGACAACGACAGAGUGUUGAAUUUGUCGGAGAGUAGAGACAGGCCGUCGUACGCGCCGCAGUUCCCGCUGCCGGCGUCCGUGGCGUCUCGCGUGGCGUACGCCGCGGCGUUCAACGCACAGGCUGCGGUCGCGGCAGCGUUCUUGCCCGCGCCGCCAAUGCUCCACCCACCACCUGGCUUCCCGCAGAUCAAGUCGCCCUACAGCCCUUCGCAGCCGCAUCUCUCAGCGGUUCGGCAAUUUUAUUCAGGAGUGUCGUCUCUGGAGGCGGCGAAAGACUUUACUGUCGACGGACUCACGGGUUACAAUGGGAAGAAGAAGAAGAAAAAACGCCGACACAGCCGCACAAUCUUCACAUCGUACCAGCUGGACGAGCUAGAGAAAGCCUUCAAAGACGCACACUAUCCCGAUGUGUACGCGCGGGAGAUGCUCUCCCUCAAGACAGACCUGCCCGAAGACCGCAUACAGGUGUGGUUCCAAAACCGACGAGCGAAAUGGCGCAAGACGGAGAAAUGCUGGGGCCGCUCCACCAUCAUGGCCGAGUACGGGCUCUACGGGGCCAUGGUGCGGCAUUCGCUGCCCCUGCCCGAGACCAUCCUAAAGUCCGCCAAGGAGAACGACACCGUCGCGCCGUGGCUACUCGGCAUGCACCGAAAGUCGCUGGAGGCGGCCCACCACCUGAAGGAGUCAGGGUCGGAGCGCGAAGGCUCGGAGGCCGAAGGCGACCGCCCGCACUCCGCCUCGCCGCAUGAACACCAUGACAACCAUGAUGCGCAGGCGCAGAGUUCCCCCGCCAGCAGCACCACCGCCUCCUCCUCAGCCAAGGGCCGCGCGUCACCAGAGGGUGCCUCCUAUGAGGACCCUGAAGCCUUCCGGAACAACAGCAUCGCCUGUCUGCGGGCCAAGGCGCAGGAACACCAGGCCAGGAUCCUUUCCAACAAUAUCUUGCUUCAGGUCCGAGGUCUAGCGCGGACGCCCAGCACACCCCACGAUGACGACGGCCCCGUCGACAUCGACGUCGGUACCGAGCCCCCCCCGCUCGACCCCCACGCCCCUCCCUCCCUCUACUGACCUCUACAUUCCAACCCCGCGAUUGGUCGAACGCGCGCGCUCAUCGGUUAAGAACACUUGUGAUUAGUGGAAUUCGAAAACAUCUUUACAUUCCAACUCUGUGAUUGGUCGACGUGCGCUGAUUGGUUGACAACCAAAUCUUGUGAUUGGUGGAUUUGAAAGACCGUUACGUUCAAACGUAUUAAGUGUAAUUAUGUAAAUUAUUAAGCGUAUUUAACUAAAUCCCUAUUUUUCGUGCAAUACAUUUAGUUAAGUAUUUAUGUGUGUAGCUUGUGUUAAUACUAUAGGCGUUGUAAAAAGUACCAGCACUUAGAUAUUAUUGUAUAACGGUAUUUAGUUGUAAGUAAGUAAUCUUGACCGUUAUAGACCAGUUUAACUCGAGGCAAGACUAAAACGGUACUAAAUUUAUGAAAGUGUUAGUUAUUAAGUAUUUUCAAUGUUGAGAGGUUGUCAUUAAUUUUAUCGAAAUUUGAAUUCAGAUACAGCCUAAUUUGUAACUUGUA